ACUUUUUCUGAGAAGUUUCUCUUGGACGCUAAAAAAACGUUCUUGGACGAAACUGUGAGCACUUCUUUUUCAAUCACCUAACGCUACAUCAUAAAUAAAGACUGAGAAUAUUUGAAGAGGCAAUAGGUUCGAUUUCGUAUCGCCGUAGAAAGUAUCAUGGGAUGAAAGUUGCUUGUUGCAGUUGCUGGAUACUGAAGUAGCAGGACAGGAUGGAGAAACAAGCAACGAGAAGAGAAAAGUUUUCGAUCUUCGGGCCGCGUGCGCUGGGCGGGGCGGUGCGGGCGGCGGUGGAGGGGCCGGGCCUGAGCAAGGCGGAGUUCAUGGAGAAGGUUCGGCGGAGCAACGAGGCGUGCCAGCGGGGGGACUUCCACGCAGCGGUGCGUCUGUACAGCGAGGCGCUGCAGGCCGACCCCCAGAACUGCAUCCUCUACAGCAACCGCUCUGCCGCCCACCUCAAACUGGGCCAGCACCAGGUCGCCCUCGACGACGCCAUCAAGGCCCGCCUGCUCAACCCAAAGUGGCCCAAGGCAUACUUCCGACAGGGCGUUGCCCUCCAGUACCUGGGGCGCCAUGCCGACGCGCUGGCUGCCUUCGCCUCGGGGCUGGCCCAGGACCCCAAGAGCCUGCAGCUGCUGGUGGGCAUGGUGGAGGCCGCCAUGAAGUCGCCCCUGCGAGAGUCCCUGGAGCCAACCUAUCAGCAGCUGCAGAAGAUGAAGCUGGACCGCAGCCCGUUCGUGGUGGUGUCGGUGAUUGGCCAGGAGCUGCUGUCGGCCGGUCACCACGGCGCCUCGGUGGUGGUGCUGGAGGCGGGGCUAAAGAUCGGCACCUGCAGCCUGAAGCUCCGCGGCUCUGUGUUCUCCGCCCUCAGCAGCGCCUACUGGCUGCUAGGCAACACCGAGAAGAGCUCCGCCUACAUGCAGCAGGACCUGGAGGUGGCCAAGACCUUAGGUGACCAGACAGGUGAAUGCCGGGCCCAUGGCAACCUGGGCUCCGCAUUCUUCUCCAAGGGCAACUACCGCGAGGCGCUGACCAAUCACAGGCACCAGCUGGUCCUGGCCAUGAAACUCAAGGACAGAGAGGCAGCGUCCUCGGCCCUCAGCAGCCUGGGUCACGUGUACACGGCCAUCGGCGACUACCCCAACGCGCUGGCCAGCCACAAGCAGUGCGUCAUCCUGGCCAAGCAGUCCAAGGACCAGCUGUCCGAGGCCCGUGAGCUGGGCAACAUGGGCGCGGUCUACAUCGCCAUGGGCGACUUCGCCAACGCCGUGCAGUGCCACGAGGAGCACCUGGGCAUCGCCAAGGCGCUGGUCAACAAGCGGGAGGAGGCCCGGGCCUACAGCAACCUGGGCAGCGCCUACCACUACCGCCGAGACUUCGACAAGGCCAUGUCGUACCACACGCGUGUGCUGGAGCUGGCCCAGGAGCUGGAGGAGCGGCCCAUCGAGAUGAGGGCCUACGCCGGCCUGGGCCACGCCGCGCGCUGCAUGCAGGACCUGGAGCGGGCCAAGCAGUACCACCAGCAGCAGCUCGCCAUCGCCGAGGGGCUGGCCGACCGGGCCGCCGAGGGACGGGCCUCCUCAAACCUGGGCAUCAUCCACCAGAUGAAGGGGGAUUACGAGACUGCACUGAAACUCCACAAAACUCACCUUUCCAUCGCCCAGGAGCUGAGCGACUACGCUGCCCAGGGACGUGCCUACGGGAACAUGGGCAACGCCUACAACGCGCUGGGCGUGUUCGACCAGGCCGUGCGCUACCACCGGCAGGAGCUCCAGAUCUCCAUGGAGGUCAACGACCGCGCCUCCCAGGCCUCCACCCACGGGAACCUGGCCGUGGCCUACCAGGCCCUGGGCGCCCACGACCGCGCCCUCCAGCACUACCAGAACCACCUGAACAUCGCCCGCGAGCUACGGGACGUGCAGAGCGAGGCUCGGGCGCUAGGGAACCUGGGAAACUUCCACUGCUCGCGCGGCGAGUUCCCUCAGGCCGUGCCGUACUACGAGCAGUACCUACGCCUGUCCCCGGACCUCCAGGACAUGGAGAGCGAGGGGAAGGUGUGCCACAACCUGGGCUACGCUCACUACUGCCUGGGCAGCUACCAGGAGGCCGUCAAGUACUAUGAACAGGACCUGGCAUUGGCCAAGGACCUCCACGACAAGCUGAGCCAGGCCAAGGCCUACUGCAACCUGGGCUUGGCCUUCAAGGCGCUGGGGAACUUCGGCAAGGCCGAGGAGUGCCAGAAGUACCUCCUGUCCCUGGCCCAGUCGCUCAACAACCAGCAAGCCCGCUUCAGAGCCCUGGGGAACCUCGGCGACAUCUUUGUCUGCAAGAAGGAUGUUGCCGGGGCCAUCAAGUUCUACGAGCAGCAGCUCGCCCUGGCGCACCAGGUCAAGGAGCGCAAGAUGGAGGCGUGCGCCUACGCCGCCCUGGGCACCGCCUACCGGAUGGUGCACAAGUUCGACAAAGCCCUAGGCUACCACACCCAGGAACUGGAGGUCUACCAGGAGCUGGGCGACAUCCAGGGGGAGUGUCAGGCCCACGGGCACCUGGCGGCAGUCUACAUGUCCCUGGGGAAGUACACCAUGGCCUUCAAGUGCUAUGAGGAGCAGCUGGAGCUGGGCCAGAGGCUGAAGGACCCCAGCGUGGAGGCCCAGGUCUACGGCAACAUGGGCAUCACCAAGAUGAACAUGAACGUGAUGGAGGACGCCAUCGGCUACCUGGAGCAGCAGCUGGCCACCCUGCAGCAGCUGAGUGGCAACGAGGCCGUGCUGGACCGCGGGCGGGCCUACGGGAACCUGGGCGACUGCUACGAGGCGCUGGGCGACUACGAGGAGGCCAUCAAGUACUACGACCAGUACCUGUCUGUGGCUCAGAGCCUGAACCGCAUGCAGGACCAGGAGAAGGCCUACCGUGGCCUGGGCAACGGACACAGGGCCAUGGGGAGCCUGCAGCAGUCCCUGGUGUGCUUCGAGAAGCGGCUGGUGGUGGCCCACGAGCUGGGGGAGAGCUCCACCAAGGCGCAGGCCUACGGGGAGCUGGGCAGCCUGCACAGCCAGCUGGGGAACUAUGAGCAGGCCAUCUCCUGCCUGGAGCGGCAGCUGGGCAUCGCCCGGGAGACCGGGGACCGCGCCCUGGAGGCCCACGCCAGCUGCGGGUUGGGCAGCGUGUACCAGCUGAUGGGCGAGCACGAGACGGCGCUCCGCUACCACCAGCUGGACCUGGACAUCGCCGAGGCAACGGGCAGCGCAGGGGGCCAGGCCCGCGCCUACGGCAACCUGGGCCUCACCCACGAGUCGCUGGGCAACUACGAGCGGGCCGUGGUGUUCCAGGAGCAGCACCUGAGCAUCGCCGCGGAAACCAACGACCUGGCUGCCAAGACGCUGGCCUACGGCAGCCUGGGCCGUACCCAUCAUGCACUGCAGAACUACACCCAGGCUGUCAUGUACCUGCAGGAAGGUCUGCGCCUGGCGGAACAGCUGGCCCGCCGUGAAGAUGAAGCCAAGAUCCGCCACCGCCUCGGCCUGUCGCUGUGGGCCAGCAGCAACCUGGAGGAGGCCCAGCACCAGCUCUAUCGAGCCUCAGCCCUGUUUGAGACCAUCCGUCACGAGGCCCAGCACAGCACCGACUACAAGCUCUCCCUGUUCGACCUGCAGACAUCCUCCUAUCAGGCCCUGCAGAGAGUGCUCGUCAGCCUCGGUCACCAUGACGAGGCGCUGGCGGUGGCCGAGCGCGGUCGGACCCGGGCCUUCGCCGACCUGCUGGUGGAGAGGCAGACGGGCCAGCAGGACUCCGACCCCUACACCCCGGUCACGGUCGACCACAUCCUGGACACGGUCAACGGGCAGCGGGCCCUGGUGCUCUACUUCUCACUGGCGGCCGGGUACCUCUACAGCUGGCUGCUGGCUCCAGGGGCAGGAAUCCUGAAGUUCCACGAGGUGUACCUGGGAGAGGGCAUGUCGGAGAGCGGCUCGUCCGAGUUCCAGGAGGCGGGGGGCGUGGCCGGGGGCGGGUCAUCUCUGGAGCAGCAUAUCACCUGCGCACGGGAGGCCCUGGGCGUGGACUCCUACUACAGCAGGGGCUGCUCCAGCAGUGAGACAGAGAGUGAGGCGGGGGAUCUGCUGGACCAGCAGUUUGAGGAGCUCAACAACAAGCUCAACUCUGUGACCGACCCCACAGGCUUCCUGCGCAUGGUGUCCAGAAACAACCUCUUCAACAGGAGCUGCCAGAGCAUGACCAGCCUGUUCAGCAACACCGUCUCUCCUGCCAAAGACGGCGGCUCCUCCCUGCCCCGCCGCGCCAGCGCCCUGAGCAAGCCCCCUCUGCGCGCCCUGUACGACCUGCUCAUCGCCCCCAUGGAAGGGGGUCUGAUGCACUCCAGUGGGCCGGUGGGCCGGCACAGGCAGCUGAUUCUGGUUCUGGAGGGGGAGCUGUACCUGAUCCCCUUCGCCCUGCUGAAGGGCAGCUCCUCCAACGAGUACCUGUACGAGCGCUUCAGCCUCAUCGCCGUGCCCUCCAUCGGGGCCCUGGGAGCCUGCGGCAAGACACACCCCCGGCGGGCGGGGCCGGCGCCGUGCGGGGGCGUCUCCAUGGCGGCGGUGGUGGGUAACCCGCGGUUACCGGCCUCGGUGAUGGACCGCUGGCUGUGGGGGCCCAUGCCGUCGGCCGAGGAGGAGGCGCUGAUGGUGUCGGAGCUGCUGGGCUGCCAGCCGCUGGCGGGGCCGAGCGCCACCAAGGAGCGUGUGAUGAGCGCGCUCACGCAGGCAGAGUGCGCCCACUUCGCCACGCACAUCUCCUGGAAGCUCGCCGCCCUGGUGCUCACGCCCAACCCCGAGGGCGCGGGGGCGGGGCCCGGCGCGGGGGGCGGGGCCGGGGGCGGGGCCGGGGGGAAGGGCGCGGGCGGCGGCUACACCGUCCCAGAGAGCCUGCGGGGGGCGCCGGACGACGGGAGCGACGCGGAGAGCGUGUGCGACAGCCCCCCCCUGCAGGAGUUCCUCCUCACCGCCGCCGACAUCCUGGACCUCAGGCUGCCCGUCAAACUGGUGGUGCUGGGGUCCUAUCAGGAGUCGGAGAGUAAGGUGACGGCGGACGGGGUGGUGGGGCUGACGCGGGCGUUCCUGGCCGCGGGGGCGCAGUGUGUGCUCGUGUCUCUGUGGCCCGUCCCCGUCGCCGCCUCCAAAGUGUUCGUCCACGCCUUCUACUCCGCCCUCCUCACUGGCACCAAGGCCAGCUCCGCCCUCACAGAGGCCAUGAAGAGCGUGCAGAGCAGCACACACUACUCACACCCCUCCAACUGGGCAGGCUUCAUGCUGAUUGGCAAUGACGUGAAGCUCAACAGCCCCUCAUCACUGAUUGGCCAGGCGCUGGCGGAGAUCCUGCAGUACCCAGAGCGAGCUCGGGAUGCCAUGAGAGUCCUGCUCCACCUGGUGGAGAAGUCCCUGCAGAGGAUCCAGAAGGGGCAGCGUAACUCCAUGUACACGUCCCAGCAGAGCGUGGAGAACAAGGUGGGGGGCGUCCCGGGCUGGCAGGCCCUGCUGACGGCCGUGGGGUUCCGGCUGGACUCGGCGGGAACUGGCCUGCCCGCCGCCGUCUUCUUCCCCACCGCCGACCCCGGAGACCGGCUGCAGCAGUGCAGCACCACCCUGCAGUCCCUGCUCGGUCUGCCUCCCUCUGCACUCCUGGCCCUGUGUAAACUCAUCACUGCCUCAGAGACUGGAGAACAGCUCAUCAACAGGGCUGUUAAAAAUGUGGUGGGAAUGCUCCACCAGGUGUUGGUGCAGCUGCAGACGGGGGAGAAGGAGCAGGAUUUCUCAGUGGCUCCCAUCCAAGUGUCCAUCAGCGUGCAGCUCUGGAGGUUGCCAGGUUGUCAUGAGUUCCUCGCUGCGCUGGGGUUCGACCUGUGUGAGGUGGGCCAGGAGGAGGUGGUGCUGAAGACGGGGAAGCAGGCCAACCGCCGGACCAUGCAUUUCGCCCUGCAGUCCCUCCUGGCGCUGUUCGACUCCACGGAGCUGCCGAAGCGUCUGAGCCUGGACAGCUCCUCCUCGCUGGAGUCCCUGGCCUCGGCCCAGUCCGUGUCCAACCAGCUGCCCCUGGGCUACCCGGCCCCGCCCUUCUCCCCGCCCUGCCCGGACGGCCUGGCCUCGGACGCCAUCUCCGUGUACAGCCUGAGCUCCGUGGCGUCCUCCAUGAGCUUCGUCUGCAAGUCGGAGAGCGCCAGCGAGUUCCCGGGCCAGGGCAGGCCCCACCGGGGCGGGGCGGGGCUGUUCUCCCCCGGCAGACACCCGGGGGUCCCCCGGAGCCGCUCGUCCCCCCACGGCGGGGCGGCGGGCGGGCGGGACGAGGAGGAGUACGAGGGCUACUCCAUCAUCAGCAGCGAGCCGCUGGGGGGUCACUGCGACACCCUGCCGCUGCCCGCCGGUCACCGCGGCAACCGCGGGCGAGGGGGUGCGGCCGGCGGCGGGCGGGGCCACGGCGGGGCGUCCGUGUCAUCGCGGGGCAGCGUCAGCACGCCCACCUCCCCCGUCAAGGCCCCGCCCGCCCCCGCCAGCUCCACCCCGCCCUGCCAGAAGACGGCCAAGGUCAGCAGCUCGGACACGGGGGAGUCGGACCAGUCCAGCACCGAGACCGACAGCACCGUCAAGUCCCAGGAGGAGAGGACGCCGGCCGGCCCGCUCGACCCCCAGGAGCUGGCCCAGAAGAUUCUGGAGGAGACGCAGAGCCACCUGCGGGCGGUGGAGUGCAUGCAGAGGGCCAGCGGGGAGGGGUCGGGGUCCGGGGGUGCCUGCACCCCCACCGGGGGCUCGGCCUUCCGCUCGUCGGAGACCAGUGCCUUCAGCCGACCCCAGAGCAGCACCAGCCUCCGCAGCCAGUCCUCCCCGCUCUCCGUCCGGCCCAAACCGCCCUCCCGCACCUCCUCCCUGCAGAAGGUCAGCUCGGGCUACAACAGCCCCGCCACCUCCGAGACCUCCCUGAAAGAGGGGGGCCACCCCUCGCCCACCCCGACCCUGGACAGCCAGGGCCACUUCAAGCUCAAGUACCCCAGCUCCCCCUACAGCGGCCACAUCUCCCGCUCGCCCAGCAACGUCUCCCCCAGCUCGGGACACCAGUCCCCCUCGGGGAGCACCCCCUCCCCGGCCCUGUCCUACUCCUCCACGGGCUCCGCCCGCUCCAGCCCGGCCGACGCGCCCGACAUCGACCGCCUCCGCCGGGCGGCCAUCGACGAUAAGGUGCAGGCCAUCCACAACCUGAAGACCUUCUGGGCCAACGCGGCCGCCCAGGGGCACCAGCAGCACCCCGGCCCCGUGCGAGCCCUCCGGCCCGGGCAGAGGGGCUCGGGGUCCUCCGGACGGGACGUCCUCAACCUCCUGAACCUCUCGCCCCGCCACGGCAGGGCAGGGGAGCCGGCCGAUGGGCUGGAGCUGCAGUCGCUCGACCGGACCGCCAGGAACCCGCCCAACGGACACCGGAAGCAGGACCCCCGGAAACUGCCCCCCUCCCCGGCCACCUCCACCAGCAGCAGCCCCGGGGCGCGGCCCAUCCGCCUGCCCGCCGGGAACGGGUACAAGUUCCUGACGCCCGGGAGGUUCUUCCCCUCGUCCAAAUGCUGAGGGACCUUCCGGGUCAUUCUCCCGCCCCUGUUCGGUCUCACUUCCUUUUGGGUUUCUCGACCCCCCCCCCCCCCAUCGACGAUUGGCUAUCCUGUCCUGGUGGUGUCAGGGCGCUUUUUGAAGGACCCGAUCGACCAGCUGCCCUGGAGACGUGAGGAAAUAGCUGGAACUGGCUUGAGGUUGCUCCGAUCCUUACGCCUCCGCCUACACUGUAAAAAAGACUCGACCUGGAGAAAAUGACUCAACGACCUGACACUGUGUGUGCCAGGAGAGACUAUAGCUACCAAACGCUAUUUCCCCGAACGCAUUCACUGUUUGCGUUAGCCAAGACGAUGCAGCUCGGACUGUUUUUGUUUCCUUUUAUUCUAUUUUAUUUUUAAUAUAAUUAUUAUUGUUAUUAUUAUUGUUGUUAUUAUUGAUCGUUGUUAUAAUAGUUAUUUUGUUUUGUAAAUUAAAUCCAGUGUUUCGCAAUCAGUAUUAAACGUUUUUAUAUUAUGACAAAAGCAAAACAGGACUGUGUAAAAAAAAAAAAAGAAGAGGAAAAAGAUCUCAUAUUUUUAUUGAAAUGGCAAACGAGGCACUUUGCCUGAUUUCUUUGUGAUUGAGUGUUAAUAUUAAAGCAUGGACUCUCUUGCUAUUCAGUGUUUCGAUGUCUUUUUAGCACAUGAGUUUUGAAAACAAAUGGGCGAUCAGUCAGAAAUACAAAAAAGGCACCUCAACGUCAUUUAUCAGUAAAAUGGUUUCAAUAAAAAUCAGGUUUUCUCUCUUGCA